AUGGUUCGUCUCUUCAGUUUUGCUGCAUCUGCAGUGCUUGCAGCAUCUUUUGUUUCCUCCUCUCCAACCAGCGGCCCUAAUUAUGCCACUUAUAUAAACUUUGCAACGGACGACAUCCUAGACAAUGACGAUGGCCUACCCCCUCAUCCACUCCAGGGUCUUCCUUACGGUAAGCCCACUUAUCCACUCACCGUGGAUGGUAACGGCCGGGAGCAAGUCGAAGCCCACUUGAACUAUUUUGAGGGGAAAUACUGGAUGCAUUCAGCAACAUGGGGCUGUGGUGGCAACAUAUUUGUCUAUGGCAUUGUUGAAGGCAUCAACUUCCCUGAGUCACCCGUAUAUCCACCCGGCCGGUACGGCGAGAAAGGAAACUGUGGAAUCAAGUCAUACUCCUCUCCGGAUCUCACCAAAUGGACUCUGGAAACCUUCUACCAACCCGAUAUCACGGUUGCCAAUGUGACAAAGCCCGUGGUCCGUUACAGUAAUGCCACUGGGAACUACGUGAUGUAUAUGGGCUCUCCCAGUGAAGGGAAUUUCUAUUACACAACUUCAAAGAGCCCUGGAGGUCCGUGGAGUGAUCCUCCACGACUGAUGAUAGGAACGCAUAUCAACCACGAUUUUGACGUCGCCGUUGGACCUGACGGGAGCCAUUACAUCGUCUCGGAUCCUUUUACCGAGAUGCUGUCUUUCAAUGACUAUUAUACACUGCCUAUUUGGGAUAUCUGGGUCCAGAAGCUGGCCCCUAAUCUUACUGCAACUGUGGGCACCAACGAGACAUCAGCAAGAAUCCGCACUGCCCGCUCUCUCUACGCACAGGGACUACAUCUCGAGGCCGCCAGUUUCUUCUACCACGACGGAUAUUGGUACAUGAUGUUUGGAAGAACAUGCCAAAAUUGUGCUGGCCCAAUUUAUUACCUCUACGCGAAGAACCCAUUGGGACCUUAUAUCGAUGGUGGCUUUGUCAGUCUCGAUGGUUGUGGUGGCCAAAAUAAGGGCGCAAAUGUGCUUCCCUCGGCGAAAGGACCGAUUGUCGUCGCUGGGAACCUAGGAUACCGCACCUCGCCUACAGACAUUGUCGUGAACGGCUCAAUCUGGCAUGGAGAUAACCACCAAGCGGCCUCCAGCACUUUUUUCUUUCCUCUCGAGUUCAAUGAGGACCACACUAUCAAGAACUACACAUGUCCACCGACAGUUCACAUUCCUCUGGCAAGUAAUAUCAGCGCUCAACCGGAGCCUCCUAUUUCGUAUCAAUUGGACGGUCGGAUUCGCAACUGGCAAACGAUAGAAGCAACUUAUGAUCCUCCAAAAUCAGGAUCCCGCCUGGAAUUUCCAGUUUGGCAACGCACAGACAACCUGGGACAAACCACCAAUGCUGGACCAAUGCUCGAUGGCCUGCUUUAUGUAACGGUUGGAUUUUCUGACGGCAACAGCACGGCAUUCUCAUGGUCUCCAAGAGACAUCUCCUGGGCACCGGCCAAAAUCGCGAUGAACGUCUCAGGCAAACAGGUAUCAAAGAUAAUACUGAGCACCAAUGCCACAAAUGGCUGCUUUGGAACCUUGGUAGAGCCAAAGAAGUCCAACUCAAGUUAUGGUUCGCGGGUUCACGGGACUUUCAAAGACUCACCCAAAGCUGAGCUAUAUGUGUACCAAUUUUAG